UUAAAUUUUGUUCAUCAUUAUAUUAGUGCUAAUAAACCAGUGAUAUUUAGGAAUGCUUUGGAAGGAUGGCCAGCCUCUGAAAAGUGGAAUGUUGAAUAUUUGAAACAAGUUCUUUCCGAUAAGGAAAUUUCUGUGGCUUGUACACCAAAUGGAAAGGCUGAUGCUGUGCAUGAAGGAAAAUUUAUUAAACCUAUGGAAGUGAAAAUGAAAUUUAAUCAAUUUAUGCAAUUUAUGACUAAUAAGAGGAGAUUUAAUAAUUUACCAGAUAAGGAGGAAGAGGAAUUUAAUGGAAUGAAUUCAUGGAAUACUAUCUUCUAUGCUCAACAUCAAAAUUCAAGUUUAACAAAGGAAUUUCAAGAACUCAUGCAAGAUGUUCCAGAACAAUUGGGAUUUGCUGUGAGAGCUUUUAAUAAUUUACCAGAUGCUGUUAAUUUGUGGAUUGGAGAUGGUCAAUCUACUUCUAGUUUACAUAAGGAUCCAUAUGAGAAUAUUUAUUGUGUAUUGGCUGGAAAGAAAAUCUUUACACUUUAUCCUCCAACAGAUGUUGUAAAUGUGCCUUAUAAGAAUUAUAAUGAAGCUCACUAUCAUUUUGAAGAUAAUGAAUGGAAGAUUGUAGAUGAAGAUACGCAAGUCCCUUGGAUUGAUGUUGAUCCAGAUAAACAAACUAGAGAGGAAAUCAUUCAAGUUUACCCAAGAUAUAAGCAUGCCACUCCAUUCAAAGUGGAGAUUGGACCUGGAGAUGCUUUAUAUCUUCCAUCUUUAUGGCUUCAUCAAGUGGCUCAGGACCACAAUGAGGAAGGUGUUGUGGUUGCAGUCAAUUAUUGGCAUGAUAUGCAAUAUGGACCUCUUUUCAACUAUAAUCAAUUGUUG